CACCGUACACCUGCCUCAGUCAGCACCAUGGACAGAGCCCGUGUCCGACCCACGGCGGCCCUCUGAGGGGCACAGCGGCGCGUGUCGGAGAGACGACCAGCUAAUACAGCAUCAUCUCCGAUCAUGUUACUGCGGCACUGACAGCUGAACCGUAGAGGGCAGGAUGCUGGCUUUCCUAUAGACACACCCCCGCCUUUUCCUUUUCGCAUCCAUCCGAUAGAUCCCUCUUAUUUCGGGCUUCACCGAUCAACAUGCAUCCGUCGAGUCCAGUCGGGUUUUUUCUCAGGGUGGAGAGACUCUAAAUGAAAACAGAUGUUAUUCCCGUCUGACAAGUAGCUGGGGUUACUUAAGAGGCGCUGCGGAGCAAGGUAGUGAAAUCUCUUCCUCUUCCCACUCCACGCCCUAUCAUCAUCAUUAUCAAUAGCUGCUCAGCAUCAUGUCCCCUCCAGCAUCGGCUGCGACAGCGAGUGAAAGCAGUACGACCACCGCGUUCGAGGAGGACACCAGAGAAGAGCAAAGACCCCUGAAGCAAUCUCUGAGCAAGUCACUAUGCAGGGAGAGUUUUUGGAAAUGCCUUCUCCUGUCCAUUCUCAUGUACGGCUGCAUGGGAGCGAUGGUUUGGUGUCAUGUCACCAAGGUGACCCGCCUCACCUUCGACAGUGCCUUCAAAGGGAAAUCCAUGAUGUACCAUGACAGUCCUUGCUCCGAUGGUUAUAUCUACAUCCCUCUCGCCCUGCUGGGCAUGCUCUAUCUAGUGUAUCUUGUGGAGUGCUGGCACUGUCAUGUAAAGAACGAGCUGCAGCACAAAGUGGACGUAGAAGGCAUCUAUGAACGCAUCCAGAGAAUGCAGCAAGCUAAACCCUGCAUCUGGUGGAAGGCCAUAAGCUACCACUAUGUCCGCCGAACUCGACAAGUCACACGCUAUCGCAAUGGAGACGCUUACACCAGCACCCAGGUUUACCAUGAACGUGUUAACACCCAUGUUGCAGAAGCUGAAUUUGACUACAGUCACUGUGGUGUUAAGGAUGUUUCAAAACAGCUGAUUGGCCUGGAGAAGUCUGCUCUGACAAAGAUGCGUUUUACCAAGUGCUUUAGUUUUGCCAAUGUAGAAUCAGAGAAUUCCUACCUUACUCAACGAGCAAGGUUUUUUACAGACAAUGAAGGCCUUGACGACUACAUGGAAGCCAGGGAGGGCAUGCACCUAAAAAAUAUUGACCUGAAGGAGUACGUCAUGGUGAUGUCUGACCCUGAGCACCACCCCUGGUACCUGUCCCAUUAUGUCUUCUGGUUUGCCUCAUUCCUCACUUUCUCCUGGCCUCUCAGAGUCUUCACAGAGUAUCGUACAGCAUACGUCCACUAUCGUGUUGAGAAGCUCUUUGGGCAUGAUUACCUUCCUGUUACCCCAUGUGAUGAUCGACCAUACUGGCGUCGUAUCCCGCGGGUUAACACCAUUGACAGUACUGAACUGGAGUGGCACAUCAGGUCUAACCAGCAGCUAGUGCCCAGUUACUCAGAAGCUGGCCUCAUGGACCUGGCCCAGUGCCCAUCUACUUUUAGUGGGAUUCGACAGAAUUGUGAGCGCUGCCACAGAGCCAUCAGCUGUUCCUCUGUGUUCUCCAGGAGUGCCCUCAGCAUCUGUACUGGUGCCAGUUCCCGCAUUCCCUUCAGCGGCAGUCGGUUCUCCUUGGCACGGCGCUACGGCUCCCAACGCAGCUGCUUCUGGAGGAGUGGCUCCUUGGACGACCAGGAGAGUCCCAGUGAAAACACCCGCUGUCUGUCAGAGCGCCUCACCACAGAUGAUGAGGAACCUCCUGACUACGAGGAUGCACUUUGCUACCCAGUGCUCAUUGUUCACUGCAAUGAGAAUUGCCACAACCACAGGUCGUUCCACAGAAAUGGGUCCUGUGUGGAGACUUCCUUAUGACUAUGCAGUCACUGAUAACACACAGUGCGUACAAACACCCUUUGAACAUCCCAAACAGUGUGCAAAUAAGCACAGUAAAGUCAGAAUCAUUCAUAUUGUCUGACUCUGUGAAACAAAUGCCUGAAUCCUGAAUGUGUGAGUCACCAAAGCAAUAAUCACUGGGUAGACAACAUAAUGGAAGUGAUAUGUGAAUCCAUUACCACCACAUGGAAAAAUUACAGCUACGUGGCUUCCAUUGAAAAUCAAGUGAACAGACUGUUACACUGUACAUAAUUGCCAUAGCUUUUAAGAGUUCCCAUGUACAGUAUGUAUGAAACUGAAUCUGACAUUGCAGUUACCUCAUAAGACCUUUCCAGAGGCCACGGACCAUGUCGACAGGUUUAAAUGUUUCAUUUCAUUUUAAGUGAAAUCUCAGUAAACUGACCACUCAGACUUGAGGUCCGAUGUAGUUGUGAUGAUUUUGUUAAUGUGGAGAGUUUGAAUCUACUUCUCAUUACAGCAAUAACUGUGAAAAAAGAAAUGCAUUUCUUAAAUGAAGAAGUAAAAGGAACUUGAUCUGUUUUCACACAUAUUGUGUUUAUGCAUAUCGGGAUAAAGACAUGACAGUUGAGGUGGAACUCACCAAUGUGACACAAGUGAACUCAUGGAUAGUUUUCACCCACUGAUACACCGAUGUGUGAUGUUAAAAAAAACAAACCUCUGUUGUGAUUAAGUGCUGUAAUUUACUUUUCUGGUGUAUCUAUCUUUUCUCAACCUGCCUCAUCUACUUUUACUGUACUUAACAACUUUCUACAUUUCCCAGAAUGCCUUGUGACACUUGCAGAAAUGAACCUGACUUUUGGUUUUGCGUAUUUGAUCACACAACAAAAAUGAGAGAGUGACUAUUUUAAGUGACAAAAAAACCAAAUAAACAAACAAACACUCACCCCUUGUUCAAAAUAAUUCUGUGUUGUGACUGCAUUGCAUUCUGGUCCAUUGAGGCUACUGAAGAAUUGAGAAAAUGGUUUACUUGUUAUGCUUCUUCUACAGUGUUUUCCUCCUCAUUUGACUGCUGACUGUUGGUGCUAAAUGGCAGCUUGAGAGAGAAACAUCUGUUUCUUUUGGACUUUGAGAGACUGAAUCUAAUGACAUGUAAACCUACUGUUUACACUUAAUGUUCUUCAUUGGUCAGACAUUUUCUUCUUGGAAAUGAAAAUGUGUCAGUGUGAUGCCACUUUGUGAAAGAUAUGGAAUCUAGAAGGGAAAAAACACAACAAAACAGGUGAUUGUAAGUCCUAUUUUUGUCUCUGAAAAAUGGAAAUUUGUCUUACUCAGCACAUUAGAAGUUUAAUCUUCAAUCUGAUUUUUUGCUUCCUACUGCCACAACAAAACCUGUAACUGUGGUACAAACACGUCAACAUGUCAUUACAGCUCAUGGUCAAAACGGACAUGUUUACAUUCAGAAUCCAACACAUUUCAACAUGUGAAUGUCACACUGGUCAAAACCAACAUUGCGUUAACAGCUAAACACAGUGUGCAGAAAUAUGAUAAAAUAAAGAAAUUUGCAUGACUUCCUGUAAACAAAAUGUGAUAAAAACCAUGAAACUUGAAACCACCAGCAUAUAUGAUAAAAUUUAUGUCUAUUACGUGUCAAUAACAUGAAUGCAAUGCUCAAUUUUUUAAUCUGUAAAUUGAUUUUCUCACUUUGUGUUGUACGAUGAAUGUGUUCAGGAAGUGACAGAGCACAGCAAUCACCAACAUGCCACCGUGUUUCCUAUGGAGAGUUUGUACGUUGACCUCUGAUCUGGCUCUUUGAGUAAACUUUACAGGGAGCAUAUACAAGGAUGUAAAUGCACUUAUGUUUACACACAAACAUACAGGCUUUAUAAUGUACACAUUUUUUAAAAACAUCUACCAUGAACAUAUUGUAUACAUUCAAUCAAAUAACAUCUUGUUUUUCAUUGUUUUUCACUAAUGUAGUGACCACAGUAUUAUGCACUUGAGGUAAAACUAGACAUUAUGAAUUGUAGUGAAGCUGAAUGUUGAUGUAAAUUCCCUUAAAGUAAUAAAGUACUCAAACUGAUAUAAUGUCAAAAACAUAAGUGCUCAGAUGUAACAGUAUGACAUCUUCAAGAUUAUACCUUGUAUGUGUUCAAAUGUUCUCAUCAUGAUAAUCAAAUGGGCUGUAUAAAUAACUUGAUUACCUUUUAAAAUGUGUAUUCAGAUUCAUCUUAUGCUGGAAAAAUAAAAGUUGCAAUAAA